UCCCUCGAGAGCUGCUGCCGGGUCCUACCUGGAGCGGUGAAGGCACAGCCCAGAGGUCAGGCCGUCCCCGGAGCCCACCUCGCUUUCCCCAGCCAGGAUGAACCAAUACCUGCCAAAUUUUUGAGACAGCUCACAGCUUAGGGGAAGGCUCAUCUAAAUAAAGGCCAGCUAAAGUGACAUUGCAGGGAUUUAAUCCUUCUCUGGCUGCCUGUGUGACCCCAAGGCUGAUUUGCAAGCUUCUUCUUUCCUGGAGUCCAGAUUAUUAGGUCUCUUGUCAGCAAGAGAAGCACAAAAUGAAGAUAGUGCAAGAUAAGCACCAGCAACAGGGACCUGGCAGCCUCCAAGGGGCUUUCAUGAAUCAGAGUGAAGCAGUCUCCAGCCAUCCAAGGAAAUAGCACGCUGGAAAGUUUGUCCUGGGACACAGCCACCCCCCAUGGAGCUACAGCCUGCAGGGCCAGCUGGAAAGUUUCUGGAGCCCGUUCCAGAAAGUGGCCAUGGCAACUGGAUGUGUGCCUGAUGGUCCGGUCAGCGUUGGGGACUUCAACUUGACGGCAGGUGUGAAAUGUCCCAAAUGAGGCGGGCAGCUUUUGACGUGGCUGGGUAGACUCAGCUGAUGCAUUUGACUCUGCCCUCUUCUGGCUGAAACUGAGAAGGGGGCUCCCUCUGCCCGGCUCCGCCGGCCAGCUCUCCCAGACACGGGUCUCUGGCAGGCUUACCUCCUCUCUCCCCGCCUGGGCCUCUUCCACUCCUGCAGACCUGCCUUUGAUUGGUGCCUCUUUACUGACAUGGAGACGUGAGUCUGCGGGGCACGAUGACAGCCGUGUGUAUGAAUGGAGGGGGCCUGGUGAACACCCACUAUGCCAGGUGGGACCGGCGGGACAGUGUGGAAAGUGCCUGUCAGACAGAGUGCGGCAAGGAGGACGAGGAGGGGCAGCCGCGCCAGCUGACACCCUUUGAGAAGCUGACCCAGGACAUGUCCCAAGAUGAGAAGGUGGUGAGAGAGAUCACGCUGGGCAAACGGAUCGGCUUCUACCGAAUCCGCGGGGAAAUCGGAAGUGGGAACUUUUCCCAAGUCAAGCUGGGAAUUCACUCCCUCACCAAAGAAAAGGUGGCCAUUAAGAUCCUGGACAAGACCAAAUUAGACCAGAAAACCCAAAGGCUGCUCUCCCGGGAGAUCUCCAGCAUGGAAAAGUUGCACCACCCCAACAUCAUCCGCCUUUACGAAGUCGUGGAGACCCUAUCCAAGCUCCACCUGGUAAUGGAGUAUGCAGGGGGUGGGGAGCUCUUCGGGAAAAUCAGCACGGAAGGGAAGCUCUCAGAACCAGAAAGCAAGCUCAUCUUCUCUCAGAUUGUGUCCGCCGUGAAGCACAUGCACGAAAACCAAAUUAUUCACAGAGAUCUGAAGGCAGAAAAUGUGUUCUAUACCAGUAACACCUGCGUGAAGGUGGGCGACUUUGGAUUCAGCACAGUAAGUAGAAAGGGCGAGAUGCUGAACACUUUCUGCGGGUCUCCCCCAUACGCGGCGCCUGAGCUUUUCCGAGACGAGCACUACGUGGGCGUGCACGUGGACGUCUGGGCCCUGGGAGUGCUCCUGUACUUCGUGGUCACCGGCACCAUGCCAUUUCGGGCAGAGACCGUGGCCAAGCUCAAGAAGAGCAUCCUGGAGGGCGCCUACAGCGUGCCCCCGCACGUGUCCGGGCCCUGCCUGCGCCUCAUUCGGGGCAUCCUGCAGCCCACCCCCACCGACAGGCUGGGCAUCGACUCCAUCAUGAACAACGAGUGGAUGCAGGGGGUGCCCUACCCGACCCCUCUGGAGCCUUUCCAGCUGGAUCCCAAACAUUUGUCAGAAACCAGCAUCCUCAAAGAAGAAGAAAAUGAGGUCAAGAGCACUUUACAGCAUCUGGGUAUCACAGAAGAGCAUAUUCGAAAUAACCAAGGGAGAGACGCCCGGAGCUCCAUCACCGGAGUCUACCGAAUCAUCUUGCACAGAGUCCAAAGGAAAAAGGCUUCGGAAAGCGGCCCAAUAAUGGUACUGCCAGAGCCGAAAGAAAGGGACCUAAAGAAGGGGCCCCGCGUCUACAGAGGCAUAAGGCACACAUCGAAGUUCUGCUCAAUUUUAUAAACGGCACUAGACUACUGGUGACUCACCAAGAUCACUCUUGCUGCUUUUGGUUUUUUUUCUUGGACAACUUGGGUGAAGACAUUUUUGUAAUUUUUAAAUAAAUUUAAAUUUAAGAUAUGCCAUUUUGUCGUCCCCCACCCCCACCCCCCAAUUCCAUCCUCUUAGGUUCUGGCUCAAUUUGGGAUCUUGUG